ACGCGCCCGCCCGCAGCACCCGGCCUCGGUCACUGCCGGUCGCUUCCUGAGCCACCGCUGGCUCUGUGUCUCUUUUCUCAGCGUCCUCGUCCUCGCCCGCCCGCAACAUGGAAGGUUACCACAAGCCAGAUCAGCAGAAGCUCCAGGCCCUGAAGGACACAGCCAAUCGCCUGCGCAUCAGCUCUAUCCAGGCCACCACCGCAGCAGGCUCGGGCCACCCCACAUCAUGCUGCAGCGCUGCCGAGAUCAUGUCUGUCCUGUUUUUCCAUACCAUGCGCUACAAGGCCCUGGAUCCCCGGAACCCUCACAAUGAUCGCUUUGUGCUCUCCAAGGGCCACGCAGCUCCCAUCUUAUACGCAGUCUGGGCUGAAGCUGGCUUCCUGCCUGAGGCGGAGCUGCUGAACCUGAGGAAGAUCAGCUCUGACUUGGAUGGGCAUCCUGUCCCGAAACAAGCCUUCACGGAUGUGGCCACUGGUUCCCUGGGCCAGGGUCUGGGAGCUGCUUGUGGGAUGGCAUACACAGGCAAAUACUUCGACAAAGCCAGCUACCGAGUCUAUUGCAUGCUGGGAGACGGGGAGGUGUCCGAGGGCUCCGUCUGGGAGGCCAUGGCCUUCGCUGGGAUUUACAAGCUGGACAACCUCGUUGCCAUUUUUGACAUCAACCGGCUGGGCCAGAGCGACCCAGCCCCGCUGCAGCACCAGGUGGACAUUUACCAGAAGCGCUGUGAGGCCUUUGGCUGGCACGCUAUCAUCGUGGACGGGCACAGCGUGGAGGAGCUGUGCAAGGCCUUUGGUCAGGCCAAGCACCAACCAACAGCCAUCAUCGCCAAGACCUUCAAGGGCCGCGGGAUCUCAGGGAUCGAAGACAAGGAGGCGUGGCACGGGAAGCCCCUCCCUAAGAACAUGGCUGAGCAGAUCAUCCAGGAGAUUUACAGCCAGGUUCAGAGCAAAAAGAAGAUCCUGGCCACGCCCCCUCAGGAGGACGCCCCUUCUGUGGACAUUGCCAACAUCCGGAUGCCCACCCCGCCCAGCUAUAAAGUGGGGGACAAGAUAGCCACCCGGAAGGCCUACGGACUGGCCCUCGCCAAGCUGGGCCACGCCAGUGACCGCAUCAUCGCCCUGGAUGGAGACACCAAAAAUUCCACCUUCUCGGAGCUCUUCAAAAAGGAACACCCAGACCGCUUCAUUGAGUGCUACAUUGCUGAGCAGAACAUGGUGAGCAUUGCUGUGGGCUGUGCCACCCGCGACAGGACAGUACCCUUCUGCAGCACCUUCGCGGCCUUCUUCACACGGGCCUUCGACCAGAUUCGCAUGGCCGCCAUCUCUGAGAGCAACAUCAACCUCUGUGGCUCCCACUGUGGUGUGUCCAUCGGGGAAGACGGGCCCUCUCAGAUGGCCCUGGAAGACCUGGCCAUGUUUCGGUCAGUCCCUAUGUCUACCGUCUUUUACCCAAGUGAUGGAGUUGCGACAGAGAAGGCAGUGGAAUUAGCAGCCAAUACAAAGGGCAUCUGCUUCAUCCGGACCAGCCGCCCAGAAAAUGCCAUUAUCUAUAGCAACAACGAGGAUUUCCAGGUUGGCCAAGCCAAGGUGGUCCUGAAGAGCAAGGAUGAUCAGGUGACAGUGAUCGGGGCUGGUGUAACUCUGCACGAGGCCUUGGCUGCUGCCGAGAUGCUGAAGAAAGAGAAGAUCAGCAUCCGUGUGCUGGACCCCUUCACCAUCAAGCCCCUGGACAGGAAGCUCAUUCUUGACUCUGCUAGAGCCACCAAAGGCAGGAUCCUCACUGUGGAGGACCACUACUACGAAGGUGGCAUAGGAGAGGCAGUGUCUGCCGCCGUAGUGGGCGAACCCGGAGUCACCGUCACUCGCCUGGCUGUCAGCCAAGUACCACGAAGCGGGAAGCCAGCCGAGCUGCUGAAGAUGUUUGGUAUUGACAAGGACGCCAUUGUACAAGCUGUGAAGGGCCUUGUCACCAAGGGCUAAGGAGGGCAUGGGAUGCCGGGUGGGUGACCUACACAUUCCGCAAAGGCUCUGGCAAAGGUGCUCAGAGGUGUACUGGGUAGAGAGGUAAAUAUAUGUUUUGAGAAAAAAAAAAAUUAAUCCUCAGACUUUUUCUUUGCUGUGCCAGUUUGGGAAGGGGACUGGGAAAGGGAGGAAGAGAGCUGGCUCUCUAGGCUUGGGUCAGGAUCUAGAUGUUCCCCGGAAUGCCCCUCUCCAGUUAAGCCUCUGCAUAGCCAGAGCUGCUCCCACCUAGUCAUAGCCAGAGACACUCACUGUAGCCUGCCCUUACCCAGCCCUUCCCUCACCAGGGUUCCUUCCUGCCAUAUAAAACCCUCCUGGGUCCUCCAUAGCUGCCUCGUGGCCCCCACGGUCCCACAGCUCCUCCUUUUAUGAUGGCUACUGCUAAGCUUCCUAGAAAUUCCUCAGUGCCCUUAGAGAGGAUGGGGCCCAUUUGUGGAGCUAUACGCCUAAGUCUGCCCCUUGAGUUGACAAACUGCUCAGUUAUUGAGCUGCCUGGCCAGCUCCGUCUGUGCCAAGGAAAUGGAUGGUACCAUCUCCAGAAACAGCAGAGAAGGUAGGUAGGUCUCAGGGAAAUGACAGGGACUCCUCAGUGGGUGAUCUUAGGGCAAACCCUGGGAGUCCUUGAGCUCCACAUAUCAGGAACUCUCCUUCACUGAGAAAACAAGGCAGGACAAUUGAGGAACUUUUCGGCCAAGAGUGUGGAGUUCAGACAUAACUACAAUGUGUUUUCUUAUGUAGUUCUUAACAACAAAAAACAGAGUUAAACCAGGGGUUUGAGGUGCUUGGUCUCCACCUGGUGGCCAUCCGUGGUAUUACAGCGCUAAGCACACUCCACAGAGGAUUCCAAGGACGGAGAGACUAGGAAAGGUGUGUUUUCUGAGCUCUGGAAAGAAUUGCUCACAGUACUUGGAGGUGACUGUGACAUUUCUGAACUUUGUGUACAUUUUACUUAAUCCUUACUACAAGAUACCAUUUUAAAAGACUUGCUAUGUAUUGUAAUGCUAAAUUCUGUACCCAAAGGUCUACGGGCUUUUGUUGUGCAAACCUUCCUUAAUUUAAAACUAUUGUUUAAAUUAAAAUAGUCACAGUCAAUUACUAGAGGGAUUAGAGGUAGGAGGGGUUUUUGUUUGGUUGGUUUUUGGUUUGUUUGUUUGUUUGGUUUGGUUUUUUGAGACAGGGUUUCUCUGUGUAGCCCUGGCUGUCCUGGAACUCACUCUUUAGACCAGGCUGGCCUCAAACUCAGAAAUCCACCUGCUUCUGCCUCCCAAGUGCUGGGAUUACAGGCGUGCACCACCACUCGGCAGAUUAGAGGAUUUUGAGUUACCUGAUUGGGAGUUGCAGAUAUCGGAGAGGGGAGAUGGACCAUGAGCACGUAGCCUAGAGAAAAAGCAAGUAUGUGGGACACACUGCUGGGGAGGUAGCCAGGCCAGCAGUUAGGAAAGUAGAUUUGGGUUCAGCGGGUAAGAGCACCGACUGCUCUUCCGAAAGUCAAAUUCCAGAACCCACAUGCUGGUUCACAACCAACUGUCAUGGGAUCCCAUGCCCUCUUCUGGUGUCUGAAGACAGUUACAGUCUACUCACAUAAUAAACAAACAAACAAAUAAAUAAAUAAAUAAAUAACUA